GUCCGAUCACCGCGUCGACGCAUUUCCCCUGUCCCGGUUCUCUGUCACCCUGCCCUCUGAAUCUGGCUCUUCUUCAGACCUGUCGGACUAUAUACUACGAGGCUCGCACAAUGCCUUAUGAACUCAAUAGGUUCCACACGUGGGAGCUAAGCAGCUUUUCAAAUUUCACUUAUUGUUUGAAGAGUUGGCAGAUCCGGUCCAUUAGCCAUCUGUCGAUUGAUCUCAGUGAUUCCUUCGGCGGUAAUACGGCUGCGUGGAACGAGUCGCUCGCCGUUAUUGCGCGCGCUUUCGUGGGUCUGAAGACCCUCUCGAUCACGAUAUGGCUUGGCUCCUUCCAUCAAGCCUUCAGACCGAAUUUCUGGUCGGGGGGUCUGCUGGACCUUGAUCGUUUGCAACUUCAGGGUCUUCGCCUUGUGAUAUAUGGAAGACCAGGACAGCCGGUUUUUGACUACUCCGCAGGAACGGGCGUGGAGCUUCCAGUUGAGCAUUUCAAUACACACCUUCGCCAGUGUGGAACUGGUCUUGAGGGAAGCCGUUUGAUAAUGGAGGACUGCGACCAAAUCUCCUACAAGGGAACGGUAUCAAAAACUGCUUCUACCCAGCAAUCUGAGAUCAAGUUCAGCGCAGCGCAGAAAUGUCUGGAGCAUAUCUACGCAGACUGGGCACACAAGAGAUGCGAUGCCAUUUUACCUGUUGGGUUCCAUUUCGAUUUCUAUCCGCUCUAUAUGCGGGAUAUGCUUGAGAGGCUGCCUGAGAGCGUGGGAAAUGCUGAAAUUCAAGGACACAAUCUAUUCACGCGGAAGUAUGCAUUUUGUAAUGCGUACGAUAAAUCCGAUGGAGGACGGCAUCCGAUUAUAGGAUAUCAGUUCCAUGAUGACACGCCUCCUGAGGAAAUAAACAGGGGCGUCGAAAUGUUCCUGGAAGCUCGGAAACGGCUGAAGAGGUCCCAUGCAAAAUGGGCACCAGUAUAUCAGGCUGAAGCUCAGAAAAUACUUCAGGAACGCAGAGCUCGACGAAUGUCUCGUGGCUCGCAGCUGGAACAGAAACCCUGUCGAGAUAAGAUGGGUUAUUCUCUGCUAGAACAAGAUGGGGAGCCGGGAGAAUGGAGACAUCGCCUGGUUGCGGAGACAGUCGCUCCAUUAAUUGAAACUUUUCCGUGGGAAGUACCAAAACUCGCGAGGGUAGAGACUGAUAUCUGCAUAGACUGUCCUAAGAAAGGACCUGGUCAUCCCCAGUAGAUCGAAGUCUGAGUCCACAUUUCGAGAUAAUUUGCAAGAACAGAAUUCCUGAAUAGAGUAUCUCAGCAGUGACAGUGUCGUUUAGAGGGGCAUUUACCCUGUUUGGAUAAACACAUCUUGGCAAUGAUUGUGAUUGUAUUUGUAUUUUGACCUGGGCACGUCUGCGAUAGGCGAUGUUGUACGUCAAAUAUUGAAUAUGACUGUAUAUAGUAGUUAUGUCUGAAUGAUAAACACGUUCCGUUCCCUCUAGUAGUUAAUAA